AUGAAACUUGACAGUAUUGGAGAAUUUCAACAGAACAAUGAAAAAAUUGUUGAAGCUGCAUACCGCAUCGCGUUCAUGAUGGCUCAGCAAAAGAAACCACAUACCUUAGGUGAAAAACUAGUUAAGCCCAGCAUACUUAAAGCUGUUGAAAUAGUACUUGAUGAAGAAAGUAAAAGGAAAAUAGCUCAAAUAUCUUUAUUGGAUAAUACAAUAAAACGACACAUAGAUAGCAUAUAUAAAUUAGCAUUGGAUAUAAAAAAUCAGUUAAUUCAUAAAUUAAAAAAUUACAUAUUUUUUACAAUUCAGUGUGUGAAUCAACUGAUGUGGCCCAUUGUUGCCAGCUUCUAGUUUACUGCCGUUUUAUAAAUGAACAGUCUGUCACAGAAGAAGUUCUAUUUUCCCAGGCUUUAAAUUUCACUUCAAAAGGCAGUGAUGUUCUGUCUGCCAUUAAAAUAUUUUUUGAUCAAAAUGGUCUCUCUUGAAAAAAUGUAGGUGUUUGUACUAAUGGUACCCCUGCAAUACUAAGGUCACGAUUGGAUUUUGUAAAGCUUGCGAAAAAUAAACACUCGUCAAUAAUUGGUUUUCAUUGCGUAAUACAUAGACGAACUUUAGCUUCAAAAACCUGCCCAUAUAUCCUAAAAUUUC